CACAAAAUGCAUGAUUACUGCUCCCAUUAUGAGUGGAAAGGAACCCCUGGGUGUCAUCAUGGCACUCAACAAACAAGGUGCUGCUGAGUUCUCAAAGAGUGAUCAGGAGCUCUUCAACAAAUAUGUGAACUUUGCUACUGUGGCCAUUCUCCAAGCGCACACUGCUUACAUGUGGGAUGUAGAGUCAAGGAGAAGCCAGGUGUUGCUGUGGUCAGCCAGCAAAGUUUUUGAGGAGCUGACAGACAUCGAGAGGCAGUUUCACAAAGCCCUGUACACAGUGAGGACAUACAUUAAGUGUGAGAGAUACUCUGUGGGACUCUUGGACAUGACCAAAGACAAGGAAUUCUUCGAUGAGUGGGCAAUCAAACUGGGAGAACAGGAGCCAUACAAGGGCCCCAAGACACCUGAUGGCAGAGAAAUAAGCUUCUACAAGAUUAUUGACUACUUGCUGGAAGACAAAGAGGAGAUUAAAGUUAUCCCCGGCCCUCCUGCAGACCACUGGGCUCUGGUCAGCGGACUCCCAACGUAUGUGGCUGAGAAUGGAUUUAUCUGCAACAUGAUGAAUACUGCAGCAGAUGACUACUUCGCAUUUCAGAAAGAAGCAGUGGAUGAGUCUGGAUGGAUGAUUAAGAAUGUCCUCUCCCUCCCUAUCGUCAACAAAAAGGAAGAAAUUGUUGGUGUUGCCACUUUCUACAACAGAAAAGAUGGCAAACCAUUCGAUGAGAAUGAUGAACAAAUUACAGAAGCUCUGACCCAGUUCCUUGGCUGGUCCACCCUGAAUAGCGACACAUAUGACAAACUGAACAGGACAGAGUGGAAGAAAGACAUUGCCCAGGAAAUGCUCAUGUACCAGACAAAGGCCACACCAAGCCAAAUACAGACCAUUCUGAACACCCAAGAGAAGUUUGGCUCCACACCAGAGGACUGUGACCAGAAGGAGAUGUACAAACUGCUGAGAUCCAACAUCCCCGAAGCCAAGACCGUGGAGCUGCGUGAGUUCCACUUCAGUGACUUCCCCUUGUCAGAGUUUGAACUCAUCAAGUGUGGUAUCCGCUGCUUCUUUGAGCUGGGGGUUGUGGAGAAGUUCAAAGUCCCAGCCGAGAUCCUGACACGAUGGAUGUACACCGUUCGCAUGGGAUACCGUGACAUCACCUACCACAACUGGAGGCACGGCUUCAAUGUUGGACAAACCAUGUUCACUCUGCUGCUAACAGGUAAACUGAAGAGUUAUUACUCUGAUCUCGAGGCCUUUGCCAUGGUUGCUGCUGGUUUCUGCCACGAUAUCGACCACAGAGGAACCAACAAUCUCUACCAGACAAAGAGUGCAUCCCCACUGGCAAAACUGCACAGCACCUCCGUUAUGGAGCGACAUCAUCUUGAGUACAGUAAGACUCUGAUGGAAGAUGAGAACCUGAAUAUCUUCCAAAACCUUCAGAAGCGGCAGUUUGAAACAGUGCAGCAUCUGUUUGAAGUUUGCAUCAUUGCCACUGAUCUCGCACUCUAUUUCAAGAAGAGAACAAUGUUUCAAAAAAUUGUGGAUUCUUUGGAGGGGAUUCCAGAGGAGAAAGAGAAGAUCAACUUCAUCUCCAACAAUCCAACCAGAAAGGAGAUUAUCAUGGCGAUGAUGAUGACAGCUUGUGACCUGUCAGCCAUUACAAAGCCAUGGGAGAUUCAGAGCAAGGUCGCUCUGAUGGUGGCAGCCGAAUUUUGGGAGCAGGGAGACCUUGAAAGGACAGUUCUUGAGCAGCAGCCUAUUCCCAUGAUGGACAGAAAUCAUGCUGAUGAGCUUCCCAAGAUGCAGUGUGGUUUUAUUGAUUUUGUCUGCUCUUUUGUGUACAAGGAGUUUUCUCGCUUCCACAUAGAGAUCAAACCCAUGUUUGAUGGGCUGAAUAAUAACAGGGGAGAGUGGAAAGCUCUUGCAGAUGUCCACGAGGCCAAGAUGAAAGCCAUCGAAGAAGAGAAGAAAAGGCUGGAAGGUGGAGACGAGCAAGCUCAAGAAGGCGGGAAGUCAAAGACGUGUGUUAUCUGCUAGACCUCCAAGACCACCAAAUUAUUUAUGGAUGUUUGUCUGCACGUGUAUUUGUGCAGUGUGUGUAUGUACAUCAACAUAAGUUCAGAGAUGAGGGAAUUCUAAUGUGAAAAAAUUAUUAUUUUUAUAUACUGUAAUAUGUAGUUCUCCUAUUUUCUGACACAGAAAGUUAUUUUGAUGGGCACAAUUGAGUACAUACAGUUUGCUUGUGAUUGUACGAAAACAGUAAUUAAACAUAUUCUUGUAUAUACUAAAAGCUCCAAUGAGCUGAACUUUCAGUCAUUAAGAAGAAUGCAUAUCUGUAUUUUAUUGUGAAUAUUUAUACUGAAUAUAAUAUAAGGAUAUCUAGCUGACUUUCUCUGGCUUUGGACAUUAUGUGAAUAGGAAUA